CCGGCCACGUCCCGUUAUGAAAGCAGAGCCGUGGGUGUGUUCUGCACGCACUUCACCGGCUCCAUUCGCCACAGGCAGCGAGAUCUGAUACACCACGGCUGACAGCCAUGUUUCGUGCCACCACUGCCACCCUGUGUCAGAGGAUGAGGAUCCUUCAGCCUCCCUCAGUGUCCUUGUCUAAAGUGACCUCUACCAACAACAGAAAGGAAAACCAACACACAGUGGACUCCCUGUAUAACUUGUCUGUAGACAUCCAAAAAGUACGCAAGUUCAAGAGCUGGGUGUUGUCUGAGACAUCAGCGUAUGUUUCUGAAACUGCUGAUCUGCUUAGAGACAUGGGUGCAGAUGUGGCAGUAAUUGCCACCAUUCUUGAAAACCACCCUGAGGCUGUUCUGUGUCGGCCACAGGAUGUGGCUGCUCAGAGAGACCUGUGGAUCUCUGUGUGUCCCAACAAGCGGGAGCUGAUUGGCAUCAUUGAGAAGUUCCCAGCAUCCUUCUUUAUGUUAACUCACCAUGACAACCAGCGUGCCAAUAUAACUUACCUUCAGAGUCUACGACUAAACAAACGGAUAAUUGGCAAACUGAUGGCGAGUGCUCCUCAGAGCUUCAGUCGGCCUGUGGAGAGAAACAAGGAGGUCAUCCACACUCUGAGGGAGAUCUACCUGGACCUGGGUGGAAAUGAGGGGAACCUGCGUAUCUGGCUGCAGAAGCUCCUCAGUCAAAACCCUUACAUCCUGCUGCGGCCGGCAGAGGCCUGGAGGGACAGUCUGGGCUUUUUGAGGGAGCAGGGCUUCACAACUGAGGAACUCCUCAGUCUGGUGUCCAACCUCAGAGCCUCCAUUGCAGAGCUGCAGCCAGAUGCCAUGCGCCAUGCACUGGCCUACAUUGAGGAUGCUCUAGACUGUUCCAAAGACGAACUCAAGCAAAUUGUGAUAAGCUGUCCUGCCAUUCUGCACUUCUCCCUGCCCACCCUGGUUGGUCGGUUCCAGGGUUUAAUGGAUAUGGGACUGACCACGGUGCAGGUGAAGGAAACACCGAACGUUCUGGAACUCACCACUAAUAUAGUGCUCUACCGCAUCCAGAAGCUGGCUUCCUAUGGAUAUGAUGUACGCUGUGGCAGCCUGGAUGUUAUUGUGGGAACCAAGAAGGACUUUGAGAUGACCUAUGGCAGGUUGCACCUCAGACAGUUACGGCCACUCUUCAACCCAGUUGCUCCUCUCAGAUCUGCAGAGGAGUGAAUUUGAGAAUGUGUUGAUAAGCUAAAAUAUGGUGUUACAAAAUGAUCUCCAUAUCUACUUAAACUGUACCACUGUGACUUGUCUGAAUUGUUACCAAGCAACUAAGGCUUAUGUUUAAGUACUACAUUUUAUGUACAGAUUUAUAUUGACAAAAAUAAUGUAAGUGGCCUCUGAUUUUGCACAUGAAGAUUUACUGCUGUAACAAACCAGUGGAGAUGAGCAGUGAAUGAUACUUUACUGAUUAAACCUUUAACUUGA